UUCAUCAAACCCAGGAAGCUCGAAGGAGAUGACAAACCUCUGAAACUCGUAAUUGAACAUGGCAGACGGCGUUUCGAUAUUACUCUGAAACUCGCUGACAAUGAGAUAGGAAGUAGGAUCAGUUUGCGUCAUCUAGCAGAAACUGUCUAUUGCCAGACGGGGAUUAUGCCUAAAGAACAGAAAUACUAUUAUAAGGGGAUCACGUGGGAAAAUCCGGAAAUGGGACCUUGGUCCCCGUCAUUAAGAUCUCUGGGUGUGAGAAACGGCGACAAAAUACAGCUGGUUUCUUUCCACCACGCCUACCCGGACUGGGAGCAAAUUGCAUCUCUGGAAUCCGUGGACAAGGAUAUAAAAGAUCUUCGCGGGCAGCUUAGCCGUGUGUUCUACCACGUGCAAGGGGUUCAGCAAGGUUAUAUGGAAGGUGGAAAUCAGGUUAUGGCCCUGACAUUUCUGAGACGGGACUUUGAGAACAUCAAAGAAAAACUCAUGGAAAACAUUCAGAUCCUCAACUCCCUGAACUUUGAUCACCGGAACGCCUUGGGUCAAGCUAAACGACGUGAGCUGGUCGAUUUUUGUCAGCGUCAGAUUGACAAGUGCAGUGAUAUGUCUGCUUACAUCUUUCACAAGCUAGCCCAGGCUCACUAUUUAUCCAACGUUGGGAAAAUCUACACUCAUGAUUUUCGUCUGUCACCUUCCAGCAACAAAUGGGCUAAGAAAAAACAGUAG